GUUAUGAGGUAAUGAUACAUUCACCAAGCACGCCACGCCAUUGCCUGGUAUUAACUAGGUAGGUAGGCAGUGCUUCCAGCUUCCAGGGGUGCGCUGUAUGUUUACCUACAUACCUAGGUAGGUCGUGUAGCUCGGAGGCGAUCCAUCUUGGAAAUAGCCGACCAGUGCCGUAAGUAUUAUCGUAAGCAUUCUCGUCCUGCCCAUCCUCAUACCUGCUGUUAAACCGUUGAACACAUCCACAUACUUUACCUAUGUAGGUACUUAGCUACAGUGCAUGUAGGUAGGUAGGGAGUAGGGAAUAGGUAGCUUAGUCAACCGCUACCACUGCUACUAUCACCUUCACAACAUUGUCACAAUCACAAUCACAAUUGCAUCCCAUUCCUCUGCUCUGCAUCCGGAGAGGCGGCAGCUCACGCCAUCAAGCCAUAGGGCUCAGUGAGGACAUAUUCAUGGACCUGUGAAUUGGCUUGGUUUCCGGGCUCCUCGUUGCUAUCCCCCUGUAUCUAGGUACCUUACUUAAACUCUGCUGCUCGUCUGAUGUUAACCACCCACCUGUCAGCUUUUGUGUUUGCUGACUGUCUCGCCAUCUCGUCUCUGCCUGUCUAUAGCCAUGGACCUCCCUACCGAGAUAUGGCAGAUGAUCUACGAGGAUAUCCACGACAAUCGAACUUUGUCGCGCUUGUCACGGACUUGCAGGUUUCUUUGGGAUCUCGGCAUCCCCUUAUUAUAUAGGAAGUUCGAAACCUUCGACUUCAAUCAUGGAAGACCGACGCACUACCAGAGCCUCUCUGCUUUUAUCCGGACCAUUUCUAGUAACCGGUACCUUGCAAGGGCUGUCACUGAGAUGAGUUGCACAACCUCGGCGUUCACCAAACACUACGACCGCGAAGAUCUCUUCAGGCAGUAUUCUCAAUACGAUUCCGCCUUGGUUGGGGAUGUUGCCCGCCGUCUAGGGGUCCCCGUCUCUAACAUCCGGAUGAGCUCCGCUGCGCUAUGGGGUGUCUCGAGUCGGAGCAGCUUCGCACAUCAGCUUUUGGUUUGCUCUCUACCUAAUCUGAGGACUUUGGAGUUCAAGGUCCCAAGCUCGUCUGAGGGCUUUAAUGAAUGUCUCUCCAUUUGGACUAAAAAUCCUUCCAACCGCCUAUGGUCCCUCGCGGAACUGAGGAUUGAGGAAGAGAGUAUAUCACGGCGUUUCAACUUCGCCGAUGUCCAGGAUAUCAUCAGGUACUCUCCUAACCUUGAAAGCCUCUCCCUUAAAAGGUGCUAUAGUAUCACGGCCGAUUACGAUCUUGACCUUCGGAAUUUAAAGAGACUGCGCAUCAUCGAGAGUAGAUUUCACCGUGAGGGCUUAUUUCUCUGCAAGUACUGCCGCCACCUAGAGAGCUUCACCUACAUCUCGUUCGGCCCACACUGGGCUAUGGACAGGCUACCUGCCGAGAUUGUCAUCGCUCUUGAACCCGCCAAGCAGAGUUUGAAACACCUCGAGAUCUUCCAUUUUUCCCGGGAUAGCCCUCGAGAGCAACAGCAGGGUAUCGAGACUCUGCGCGAUUUCCCGGUUCUCGAGAGUGUUACUCUCAACCCCGGCGCCUUAUCGGGUGCUGCAGAUCCGCCCAACACACCCAAUCGCGGCAUAUUCGUCGAAAAGCUGCCAGAUUCGUUGGUGGCGCUGACUUUGGUGAACGUCUCGCGCGAUCUAUUCGAGGACGUUAGACUGUUCGCUCAGCACGCCCUAGAGGGAGGCUUCCCGCAUCUACAGACCGUCUCAAUAUCCGGUGGCCCUCCGGACCCCCGGCCAGACGAAGAUCGGGUUACUUUCGAGCACUUUGACGAGUCGGAAUGGGCGCUUCUCCGCAGUCUAUUUGAAGGUGGCGGCAUUGAGUUCGAGUGUCAAGGUGAUUGGUGGCAUCGCCUAAGGUCAUUGUGUGAUAUGGCACCAUAAAGUCACAAGUCGGGUUAGAGACAUUAUACAUAUAACUGCGCCAUCACGGCCAUUGCCACAACAGAUAGCAAGGGCUUGAUUCUUUUCUUUUUUGUGAAUGGAUACCCAAAAAAUAUAACGAUUUCAAAUAGUUAC